AUGAGUUACAGCUACGGCUACGACUAUUACCCUGGUAGUAGGACACAAAUUGAUUGGGGGCAUGUACAGUUCUCCGAUUUCUCAAAUGUCCAAUACUCCAGACCCGAAUUUUCAGAUGCGGAGGAUGAUCCUGGAAAGGAUGAAUAUGAAGGCGGAUAUACACAACAAUCACUAAUGAGAGUGCCUACAGCACCUACAACAUCACAGUCACUUUCUAAGAAAGACAAGAAGAAGUUGAAAAAGCAAAAAGAGAAGGCCGCUGCAGCUGCAGAAGCUGCCUUUGUGCCACCUCCAGCACCAGACCCUCCAGCAGCUCCAGCUCCAGUGUCAACUCCAGCAGAUGAUGAAUCACCAGCAGCCACAACGUCCAGCAAGAAGAAGGGCAAGAAGAGCAAGAAGAAGGAAAAGGAGUCAAAGUCUCUUCCAGUUCCUCCUCCUGUGCCAGUUCCCCCACCUCCAACCGCCGAGGAGAGCAAAGAGGCGGGGAAGGUAGAGGAGGAAGCCAAGGAGGAGACUGAAGGACCUGAAUUGACUGGAACACAGGACACGGCCAACAACGAAGACUUACCAGCUGUGGGAGAAGAGGUUGUAGAGACAGAGACAACAUCAGAAGAUAUGGCGUCAAAGAAGGACGAAGAGAAGGAGGAGGCGCCCAAGGACACUGACGGCAAGGAGACGCCCAAGGAACAAACAUCCCCUGAGGAGGCGUCCCAAAUGGAGGACCCCACUUCGACUGAAGCAUCAGCUGCUGAGGCUCAAGAGACGCCCGUCAAAGAGGAGGCUCUAGCCCAAGAAGGUGUACCAAAGGAAGAGGGAGAGGCGCCCCAACUAGAAGGCCCCGCAGACGAUACGCCAAAUGAUGAACUGGCAAGCGAAGAAGACAUUGUGGGUGAGAAGUCCGCAGUCCAUACCACCGAGUCAAAAGACCCCGCGAUUGAGACACCAAAGGAUGAUGCUUCAACGGCAGGCGAAGUAUUAGUCAAAGAAGAUGUACCUGCGCCAGAGGAAGCUCCCAAAGAGCCCGCGCUAGCGGAGAAGGCUACAGAAGAGUCGUCCGUAACGGAUCACUCCAAGGAAGAGUUUCUGGCGAUUGAGGAAACGCCUUCCAAGGAGGGAGUACCUGGAGCAGAGGAGGCCCCUCCCGUUGAAGAGUCUCCAGCUAAGGACCAAACCUCAGUUGAGCCAGAAACAGCAGGGACGUCAGAGAAGGGUGGUGAUGGUGAUGAUAAGCUUUCAGCUGCUACCGAAACAAAGCCUCUGAAUAAAAAUCAGAAGAAGAAGAAGAAGGAGAAAGAAAAGAAGGAGAGAGAGGAGAAGAAGAAGGCAGCUGCGAAAGCCGAAAAAUCUCAUCAUCACAAGCCCAAGCACUCACACUCAUCGAAAGAAGCGAACAAUUCCAAGGACGAUACGCCUGACUCACCAAAAGCCAUAGAGGAUGAAGAAGGGAAGAGAAACAGUACAGCCGAUUGGGCCGAGAAAAACAACGACGUUGAACUUGGAGUUGAUUCCAAACUUGCUGAUGAGACCCCUUCCUCCCUAGAAGAGGUGGCGCUGGUUCAAGGAGCGAAGUCCGAAGAGGAGCCUCAGCCUUCUGAGGAUACGAAGACUGCAGGAGAGGUUGCACCAGCAGAAGAAGUGAAGCCUAAAGGUGAAGCCCCAGCGGAGGAUUCGAAACCUACAGAAGAAACACAAGCCAGUGAGCCAGCGCCAAUAAAAGAAACCUCGACAGAAGAAGUAAAGCCUUCAAAUGAAGCUUCGGUAGAAGAUCCACAACCGACAGAAGAAACCCCAACAGAAGAAGUCAAGUCUACAGAAGAAGCUUCCUCAACGGAGGAAGUAAAGCCUACCGAUGAUACCUCUGUGGAAGAACCAAAACCAACAGAGGAAAUCUCAACAGAAGAAGUCAAGUCUGCAGAGGAAACCCUGGUGGAAGAUCUAGAAGCUCAAGAGGAAACCUCAAAAGAAGAGGUGAAGGCUGCAGAAGAAGUCAAGUCUGCAGAGGAAGAAGCAAAUCCCGCAGUCGAAGGUUCAGCCGAAGAACCAAAGCACACCGAUGAGAGCUCCACAGGAGGAAAAGUCGCGGAAUCCGAAAUAGAACAUGGCCCUGCAGAAGACACAUCUUCCUCUUCCGAAGAUCUGGCACCUGCUAAAGAACCGACAAGUGAAGGAGACCCAAAGCCUGAAGCAAAGUCAACUAGCGAAAUUCCAGCAGAGGACAAAGCCUUACAACCCGAGGUUGAGCUCCAGCCUGCAAACGAGACAUCAUCUUCGCUUCAGCAUCAGCCCUCAGAAUCUGAGCUAAACCACACAGAGGAAGCUUCAGCCGAAGAGGAGGGACCAGAUCCAGACCCUACUCCUGCGCUGCCCACGGAAGAGGCUGCCCCUGAAGCUGCCAGCGUUGACGAGGGUAGUAAGACUGGAGAAGCAGCUGAGACUUCUGGGGCAAUGAGCGAUUCUGGUGACCAUAACGCCACAGAGGGUAAUGAAGGUACCACUCCCGUAGCAGCUUUGGAAACCGAUGCUUCUGCUGGAGACGAAGCUGCAGUUGCUGCAACCAAACCGACCGCCGAAUCAGAAGAUGAUUUGGAACCAGGAGACACAAGCCCCGUAGAAGCAGGAGUCGAUGCUGCAGCGAAAGACACACCAGCUGAAGAUCCAGCAGCCGGAACGGCGAGCGAGGCUGCUGCGGGUGACAAGGACGAGUCUAUUCCGAAGGAAACACUAUCGCCAGAGGACGCUGGAGACAACAAGCAGCCUGUCAAGUCAGAAGAAACAGCACCUGACGACAAGGAAGGCACCGAUGUAACAACAGCUAUUGGUGUCGAUGAUGAGCCUGUUGAAACGGAAGCUCCAGCUGUUCCUGUUGAUACGGAGGAAUCCUCUGGCGGCAAUGACUCGUCCCCGGAGACGAAAGUUGCCUUGACGAAUGACAAGGAAACUUCAGUACCAGAAGACAAGCCUCGCGAAGAGGACCAGGUGACUGAUGCCAAGCCACCUGAAGUACCUGGGCCAGAAGCAGAAAUCACUCAGGAUGAACCGCCCAAGGAGGAAAUAUCCAAAGAAGAGGCCUCCGACGCAACAAAGCCGACAGAAGAUACAGCAGCUGUUGAAGACACAACUGCCACGGCCGCCAAGAAGAACAAGAAGAAAAAGAAGAAGAAAGGCGGGAAAAGUGGCAUCGCAACACCCCAGCCCGAGCCCGAGCCUGCUGUUGAGUCUGCAGCUGCCGAAGCUGAUUUCGUUGAAGUAGACGCCGGAUCACCGAAUGAGCCUGCAACUGAGUCGGAUGUAAAGCCUGAGUCGUCUACAGAGCCUGGGUUCGAAGGUGUUACUGAGCCCGAAACUGUCAGCAAAGCUGAAGUUGAAUCUCCCAUCGAACCUCGCGAAAUUCCUCCCGAGACCGAGACUGAACCCAAAGCCUCUCCAGAAGACUCGAUACCCGCUGAGCUUAUCCCUGCCGAUGAUUCAGAGGCAAAUCAUGAAACUAUCGAGGCAGAAGGCAGCGGUGAAACUGAGAUUGUGAAACCGGCGGAUUCUGGAGAGGAAGCGGCCAAUGAGGCUGAGGCAAGUGUCGUUGCAACCACAAGUGACGCUAUGCCGGAAACCACAAUAGAACCUACAGGAAAGAGUGAGGAGGCUAUUGAUACGACCGAGAAAGCUGGAAGUGAUGUAGAAAACGGCUCCACGAUCUCGCCCGAAGCCGAAGAUGGCUCUACUAAGGAGGAACCGCAAAAAGCCGAACUUGAUGCUCAGCCCACAAAAGACGCACCUACAGACGAUCCCAGCAAUAAAGAGCCCCACGCUUCAGACACAGAGAGCAGGAAUGGUGAAUCAACCGAAAACAAUUCGAUUGAUGAUGAAUCGAAGCUUGAAACUGUGCCUAUUGCCGAGACCACGCCAGCCGAACCUUCUCAAGACGAAAACCCCGACAAACCUGAGAGCGGUGAGCCAUCUGCUGCUGAUCUCACGACACAACAAGUUGAAGCGACACCAGAAAGCGAAAGCUCAAGUGAUGGCAUCCCGGGAAGGCAAUUGGACCCAGCUGAGUCCAAGGCUAGCGAGAUUGGGGGGACCCAGGAAGAGUCAUCUAAGCCACAGGAAGAGCACGAACAACCUGAUGCUACUACAGAAGAUAUAGAAGAGGCUGCAGAACCCGCAUCGACCGUCAGUCCUGAUACGAAUGCUGCAGUAAAGGACGUUGCGCCUGAAGAUGCAAGUACGGAGGCGAAGGGCGACAGCUCGGCGGAAAAGAGCGAGCCUGAAGCUGAGUCUAAGGAAGUGGACAACAAUGAUAAUUUUCCCGAAGUGACAACGCAGCCACCUGAGGAUCGCAUGGAUACGAAAAGUGACUUGAUGGCCGAGCCUGUUGUGCAAGAACCAGCGCCAGUGGAGAUGGAUAAGCCAGUGGUGACUGAAGGAGAAGUUAUUGAACCAUUAGCCACGGAGCCGGAGGACGAAUCUCCUGUUCUAGACAUCUCUAACAAGGAAGCCGGUGGACCUGACACUCCCACUGGUGGUGCGACUGAACCACUGCCAGCAGAGGACCCAACAGACGAUACUGAAAAGGAAUCGUCCGAUGUAGUCGCCGAGAAGGCGUCUAAGACAGCGGAUGCAACGAUUGAAGUGCCUGAGGUCAAUGCAGAAACUCUUGAAGAAAAGUCAGAAGAGCUAAACCCCCAGGAGGGAGAUACUUCUGAGCCUGCUGCAGAUAGAGAUCCCGAAUUAGAGACGCCAAAUGAGACCGACGCCAAGGGAGAUCACGAGGAAAAGCAUAAGGAUUCUGGCGCUCCUAGCGUAUCCAAUUUUGAUGAGGCGAAGGCUGAAGUCAACAUUGAGGACGGCGAAACCCAGAGCCUUGAGGUAGAGGUUACUCCAAAGGAAGAUGCCGACGAAGUCACACAAGAGAUAUCAACAAGUGGCACUGAAGCUACUAAAGAAGUAGAGGGCACCGGCGAAAGUGCACCCAACGAAAACGACAACGAGGCUCUAGAGCCAGCAUUCCCAACAGAAGACGACACGACAUCAGUCGAAAGCACCUCGGCCCCCAAGGAAGAGCCCUCAGUAUCUGAAAACUACGUUACUGAAGAGAGGGCCGACCCGGCUGAAGAGAUGCCAAAUAUAAACGAGAAGGCAGAAAAUGAAUCAACACACUCGGCCGGCAACCCGAACAAAGAUGAAUCUGCUUCGAACGGCGAAGAACAGGAUGCACCACAACCUUCACAACAUGCAGCUGAUGAUACCAGUGUCUCCGAGAACGGUCCUAAGGAGGUCACAAUUGCAGCUGGUGAGACAGGAACAACAGAUGAGACCGUGCCAAAUCGACUGGAAGAAGGAGAAGACAGGACCUCUGAAGAAACGCCAGCUGCAGGGACACUUGCAAACGGACAUGGAAUGGAGGAGCCCCCUGAAGCUUCUGACAAGAAGGAAGCGGAAACAGAAACAGGGCAUGAGGCGCUUGAGCCGGUCGGAGUGGAGAACAGCGCAAUAAAUGAGGGAGAACAUCCUGAGGAGGCAUCUGAAGCUGUUGUUGGCCAUAAUGACAAGGACAAGUCCUCAGAUACUGCAACCGAUCUACCGAAAGAUGGACCUGAUGAUAAACCUGCGGAACCUGUGAUGGAUGUAGUUACUCAAUCCUCUGAAGGGGAACCAGGAGUAAGCGCCCCGGAGGCUGAAGACGGAACCAAGGAGGAAACCACUCCUGCUGGAGAGGUGUCAGCUGUAGAUACCCUUACUACUGACGACAAACCAGUGGAAGCUGCGGAAGCGAUCGACGAUGAACCUUCAGACGACAAGUCAGAAGAAAAAGUUGACCCCUCCGAUACCAAGUUGGCCGCAGAAGUAUCUACUGGUGACGAAACCAAAGAAGAAGAGCCCGCUAAGGAAAUGCCUGCGGAGGAACCCACUGCCGUUGUUGAAUCUCGAGAUGCCAAGCCAGUUACAGAAUCUUCGUCACAGGAGGCAGAGGCAGAGGCAGAGGCAGAGGCAGAGGCAGAGGCAGAGGCAGAGGCAGAGGCAGAGGCAGAGGCAGAGGCAGAGGCAGAGGCAGAGGCAGAGGCAGAGGCAGAGGCAGAGGCAGAGGCAGAGGCAGAGGCAGAGGCAGAGGCAGAGGCAGAGGCAGAGGCAGAGGCAGAGGCAGAGGCAGAGGCAGAGGCAGAGGCAGAGGCAGAGGCAGAGGCAGAGGCAGAGGCAGAGGCAGAGGCAGAGGCAGAGGCAGAGGCAGAGGCAGAGGCAGAGGCAGAGGCAGAGGCAGAGGCAGAGGCGGAAGCGGGGGCGGAGGGUGAGAUCGAGCCGGCAGAGGAGAAAACAAUGCCUGAAGAUCAACCGGCCGAGGAGGCACUGGCAGCUCAUGACGAGCCAGAGAAAGGCUCUGAAACCGCUGACAGCAAACCAGGGGAAGAGGCUACACCUGUCGAGGACAAGCAACUUGAAGACCCCUCAGGCUUUGAAGAAAAGCCUGGCCAAGAUGGCAAAACAGCAGAAGAACCUCCCGCAGCCGCAGCCGCGGCUGAAGACGAUCCCAAACAGGCAACACCCACAGAUGCGCAGGAAGACACCAACCAGUUUACCAAGGGUGGAACUGUCGAAGAGCCUUCCAAACCAGAGGAUACAUCUGCACCGGAGGAGAUACCGGCCCAAGAACAAAUACCUGCAGCAACUGGGGAUGAAUUUCCAAGUGAUGGCAAGCCAGCUGACGAUUCCAAGGUCUCUCAGGACGAGACGAAACCGGAAACACAAGAGCCUCUUGCACCAGAGGAGGAAGCCAGGCCUGCUGGAGAAGUGACCCCAGAAACCGAAGGCGUCACGACCAAAUCACCAGACGAGCCUACUGAUGAGCCUCCUGCCGAAGCACAAAAGAAGGAUGACCAGCCAGUCAAGGACAUAGAGGAGGUAGAGACCAAGGCCAAGGAAGAUGAAGAAAGCAAAGAUAUCCUUGGGCCAAUUCCAAGUAACAAGAGACAGGCUAAAAAAGGUGAGGAACAUGGUUCAUUACACGAUACCCCUAUUGAUUUUGCACAACACUUGGGAGUUUUCACAGAGUUGAAUGAAGAGGGGGGCAAUGGCGUUUUGGAGUUUGAUUCAGACGAUACCCAGCACCAUCAAGGGAUUCCACACCGCGAGGAAAUUACAUCACUCGAAACAGUCGCUCACCACCCGAGCCAGCUACCAGUAGCUGUAGCACUGGGCGACCAGAAUGACCAAACUCUUGCAGAAACCACGAUGCCAGGGCCAAAAGAGCCUAGCUCGGGCGAAAAAAGGAGCAAUACAGCAGCGGAGGAUAACUCCGCACCCCCAGGAUCGAAGGCCGAGAUUCUAGAUGAUGUCCAAGAGAAGUCGAUCUCAGGACCUGAAUAUGUGCCUCAACCAGGUCUGACGCCUCUGUGUACGCCUAUUGACCUGCACGCUACCGAUGAUACCGGUCUGGCCGCGAGUCCCCCAGCCACCGAAGCCCAUGAUAGCACUAAAAUCUCCGCACCAUAUGCUCCACACGAACAGGGCCUUGCAGGCCAAUCACAGAGCGCCGUUCAGGGAAUUGCUACUGAAGGACCUGUAAAUAUCAGCCUCCAAGACCCAAUUUCGAUUGCCGAGCCCCAGCCUCAGCAGCCUGGGACUGAGGGCGAGACGCAUGUCGAAGAACCACACUCAAAGCCAGCCCAGGACGCUCAUGAUGAAAAUGAGAAAUCUAGGAGAAUGGAACCAGACCUGCCAUUCGUAGUUGCACGCAGCACAUCGGUAAUCUCUCAUGAGGAUUCAGAAACUUCUGUGCCCUCACACACCGCCGCCGAUGAGCCUCUCGAUGCUCAAGACCCUGCCAGCCGCGUCGAAGCAGAAACCGAUAAAUCAUCUCCGGGGCUGUUACAACCAAUUCCUACGCCAGAGCUAUCUUCUCAUGAGCCCAAAAUUCUGAAAACUGAUUUUGACAACGUGUUGCAAACGUCACGAGAGUUGACCCAAGACAUGGCUAUGCGGCGUGCAGAGCCAGAAGGACAAGAGAAAGAAGACUCUGACAUUUCAGAGGCUGAAUCGGUGGGCAACGAUGUUUCGAAUUUGGAGGAACAAAUUCGAGAACUUGCAACUCCAAGUCACGUCCAAGAAUUAGAGCCAUCAGAGGUAGCCAAGCCCACCGAAGCUCAAGAAAAUGCCAUAAUCUCGGGCGAUGCCACACAUCCCAGCAAACGUGACCUGGCGGAAGAAACAGCCAUUGGGGAGCUUGAAGAUUCUGAUUCUAUCUCACGCGCGAGUUCACCAGACGAAGUUAUUGGUUUCAAGUCUGGACCUGGAGAUCGGCCAUAUGCUUCCACGAACGCUCAACCUGUUGAUAUCUCUCAGAAAGCCAUAGCUUCAGACGAAGAUUCGGAUGAUGAAGGCAGUAGCCUCGACCAACAGAGUGUUGCUUCUAGACCUAAAUCAGUCGACCAGACAAUCUCGUUAGAGUGUCACAAUGAUCAACAAGUUCAGGCAGAGCCGGGUUCUCCCGGGAUGGAUGAGCCGGCUGCUGCUUUGCACUCGGAAUCAAUCAAAUUGGGAGAUGCUGCUAAAGAGAUCAGUGAUCUUGAUGACUCCGGUUCCGAGGAUGACUCAGAGGAUGAUGAUUCUGAAGCCAGCCGUAAAUCAGAACCCCAGUCAGCAACUGGUAUUAGUUUGCCGGGUGAAUCUGUUUGGGAACUGAACGAGCCUACUAUCGAAAGACAGCCAGUCUCACCAGUCUUGGUUUCAUCCAAUCUCAUCAGGGAGGAUACCUCUGAUUCUGAUGAAAAUAAUUCUGAGCCAGAGCACGACUCACCGAGCUUGAGAGCCCAAGAUGGUCCCAGAGAGGACCUACGUGUGCAAGCCCAUACGCUUGCUCUUGGUGACGAUGACAAGGGCGAGGCCACGAAUGAUGAUAGUGACGAGUCUGAUGUAGGCCAAACUCAUAUCGUCCAUGAAGCCAACUCGCCAGAACUGGAUUUAAGCUCCGUGUUACAAACCACCGGUGCUCGACGUGGCUUGCCUUUUAAUGAUGACGAACCACCCGAGCCGCUUGAGCCUACAGAUCCAAACCUUGCAGUUGUUGAUGAGCAGCCCGAACCUAAUCCAGAUCGCGCAAUAGACCAAUCUGAGGAGCUGGAUCUUUCUGAUUCUACUUCAUCACUUUUGAUGGCUACAGGUAUUCAAGAAAGAAUAGUUUCUUCUGAUCAGCACAACUCUCCACGCCAUGGUCUUCCGCACCCGGAACCCGAGACCUCCAUUCCAGAGCCAGCUGUUACUGCCCAGAGAGAGGCAUCGCCUGAAGUCAAAUCAUCUGUCAAUCUUUCUAGGUCUUCUUCACCUGGGUCUGUGGAUGAGGAGCAGCUUGAUGGCACCGCACUCCCUCAUAGACCGCUUGAACACUCUGAUGCCGAUAGCGAGUCCGAGGUAGAAGGGCCAGAAAACGAAGCCAAAACCGAACCACCGUCCUUACCACAGAUAGUGCCCAGCGAAGACGAUUCUCAUUUUGCUACUGGUCAUGAACCGAAACACGGCGGAAUAUCUACUGCUAUUGCAUCUGCCGUUCAGCAAAACUACGUCUAUCCUGACUCCGAGAAGAUGUUAGAGACUCCUAGUAAAACCUCAAGUCGUGGGCUUCAGGAUAAGCACGAAUCCGUGGGAAAAGUGUUUGGUGUCGAGCUGCCAGCCGCUUCUGACGUUGGACUUCAAACCGAAAACAGAUCUGUUGCCAGCUCCACAGAUGACGAAGUCGAUCGAAAGGCGACUGCGACAGCUGCCACUGAUGAUGAGAGUGACGAUGACCUACCUGCCUCGAGAGAAAUUUCCCCAAUUGGCAUCGACAGAAUCUCUGCACCGCACCAGCCUGAAGAAGUGGAACCGCCAGCGUUUGAAGCAGAAACAAAUCGAGAUAAAACUGCUAACGUGGAUGAUACUGAUGCUGAAGUAAUGCCGCCUCAUGAGACCAAAACUAUCGGGACUCGAAGCACCACUCCUGAAAUCCCUGAGUGGCCUGAUAAUAAACCUGAGGGCGAUCGAUCAGUGCACGGUACUGAGUCUCAGGGGCCGCCGGCUCUCAGUUAUGCAACUUCAUCAGGGGCAAGGGGGGCAGUUGAAGAUGAAUUCAGGGCUUUGAGCGAGAGAAGUCAAGACGAAGAGCCAAAUCAUGACCAUACCAUAUGCGCUGGCCUUCGAGACCAACAUUUGCCAUCAGCGGAGGGUCCCAAUCAAGACUUGUCUGACCACAUGUUGCACGAGGUCAAGACUCCCGAUACGGAUGACACUCAAGGUUCUGAGCCAAGGCCCGUGCAGGCCGCCGAGGUGAAGCCCCUCGAACUCGUCCGACCUGAACACAUGGCUGUCAAGGUUGUUGAUAUCCCUUCGCGUGAUAAAGGCAAAGCAGUUGCUAGUAUACCAGAGAGUCCAAAAAGGUCUAGCUCUACUUCACGAUCGACGCGUCUGUCCCGCACGGAGCCGCCUCGGACAUUCCUGACACAACAGCAGCGGCCACGAAGAUCGCUUAGGGUUCGUCCCGUGACAGAAGUUUACACCAAGGAUCCCAUAUUCAUCCCUGCCGCAAGCCGCUCAGUAGACACCAAGCCUAUUCAGCGGCCUCAGCCUCCUCGUGCUGAAAGCGAACCGGCUAAUGUGCCACUUCGUCCGCCACUAGCGCAUCGAUCCUUGGAGUUGCACGGCGAUCCUUCAACGAUGGCAGUGCGGAGUGAAAAGCCUCCCCGACCUCGUUCUUUCCAGGCCGAAGGCGAGUCGUCUACGGGCCAUGUGAGGCACGAUCUCAGACAUCCCGCAGUCACAAUUGAAGAGGGGCUCCGAGAUGCUGCAUAUCGAGCUGCCCCCUCAGCUGGCUCCACCGUUGAGGCUGAAGUCCAGAGAUCGCCGAGUCCUGGCAUAGUGGUUCCAGAUGCAGAUAUGAUUGAUCUACAGCGAGCCCGUACCCUAAGGCGCACACGAAAGACAUCAAUUCGACGUGCUGAGGACACGCUGGCUGCCGCCGUGGUCAUAUAUGCUACUGCAGAGGCCCUCAGUCCUCCCGGCAGCCCUUCGCCUUUCAUUUAUCACAGGAACGGAGGACUUCCCAAUCUGGAGCAUCAGAUGGAUGCAGAGCCCGAUGAUUACAAUUUUCCAGCUGUUUCUCCUUCUUUGAGGAGCUUUGAUGAUGAAAUCGAAGAACUUCACAAGUCUAAUGCUGACUUGUUUGCAGACGAUAGGAGCAGAGAAUCUGACUCUUCGCGAAGCGAUAGAGAUAGAGAUAGACAUCGUAGGCGCCGACAUCCUCAUCACUCGAAUCGCUCCGGCGGAAGCCGUGGUGAGGAGGACAGGGAGCGCAGAUAUCGUGGCGACGACGAGAGGCGAGCUCAUCGACCUCCAGAGGAAGACGAGGGCCGCCAUCGCCGACUGUCUCACCGCGAAGGCGAGUCUCGAUAUCGACGCCAUCGUGAUGAUGAUGAGACGCUAGCUCGCGACUCACGUGGUGAGGCUGACGCUAGACCCAGGAGCUCUCGCGGUCCUCAAGAGUCAAGAACCAGAGGUUAUCGCCGAGACGAGGACUCACGGCCACAUGAAUCUCGGAGGGCUGAAGAACCAGCUUCACGUGCCCCGCCCCAGGAGGGUGAGGGCCGAGAGCGCAGACGCCGAUCAUCUGGUACUCAUCCUUAUCGACGACAUCGAUCCGAUACAGUCGAAUCGGGCCCUCCAGGCACCCCACCCAGAACGCCACGACGCGACAGUGGCUUUUCUGCCGACAAUAGUUCUGGAAGCUCUGGCCGCAGACGUCGAACCCCUGAGGAACAGGCUGCCCACGACAAUCGCAAAGCAGAAAGGGCAGAACGGCGAGCACGAGAGGAAGCUAGCACAAGGCGUGAACCCUCGGGAUAUCGAGAGGAAAAGGAGAGCAAGGGUAAAGAGCCUGUUCGUGAACAGGGACCAGAACCAGAAUCAGAGCAUCAGCCGCAGCCGCAGCCUGAGCCCGAGCCGGAUCGACGAUACCGCCGCUCGCGUCGGCAUAGCCAUUCCGAGAGACCUCGAUAUGAAGUACCCAGGGAGAGCCCCCGAGACGAACCCGUCCCGCCCGCUCCCGUGCCUGAAAAGAAGUUCUUUGCCGUCAAGAACUCGGAGGGUAUCCUGGGCAGUACCACACCCCCACGUGAGGAGCCCGUGAUCGCCGAACCUGUCAGGGAACGAACGAGGGAGACCCCGCUGGAGGACUCGCCUAAACGGCCCUCGACACGUCAUAGGCGUACUCGCCCUUCUACCGAUGAACCCCGUCCUCGGUCCUCGCGGCGCCCUCGUGAGGAGCCUGCCCCUGAGCCAACUCGAGACCGGGACAGGGAACGGGAGAGAAAUAGGGAGAAGAGUAAGACGAGAGAUAGGGACAGAGACAGAGAACAGGAGACUCGACCUGUCAAGCACGUCAGGAUGGACACGGAGGACUCUCGACGCAAAGCACGCCACGAAGAACGACGUAGAGCGCAAAUGAGGGAGGAAGAUAAGAAGCCAUCAGGCAUCAAAGGUGCGUUCAAGAAGCUGUUUAGCAAGUCUUGA